AUGCCGUGCAAGCCAGCUGUACCACCCGAGCUGGCCAUCCAAACCAUCAAGAACUUCAUGCAAUACUGUGAUCCGCUACCCGCCUGGUCACACAAGGCAUGGAAGGAUAUGUCUACUGCAUUAGGCAAUAAAUGGAGUUAUCAGACUUGGGUCAAUGUGUACUACGAUAGAAAUUCCAUUCUGAGUAUUGCCAGAAACGAAAUGGGCAUAGUUGUUCCACCGAAACUUGAUCAAAACAAUAAUUCUGAACUGGAUACGUUUGAUUUGGUCCUAACCGAGCAACAGUGGAACGAGAUGAAGUCCGAUAUUAUCUUGUCAAAAAUUAAGGCGAGUUCUGGAAGAUCGAAACUAAAACUGAAACCAGGGGUAUGGACAAUCGAGAUUUCAAUCUCGUUUUGGCAACAAUUUCGACUACCUUGCGCGUUUGUUUUUAAACGAGCCGAAGUAUAUCUUUCCCCAGACGAUACGACAUAUACGAUCAAAAUAAUUGGAUCAUGCAAAAGCAAAGUUUGUGGAAACACUUUUUGAGGUGACGCAGAAAAACAAACCGGUGUUAAGGGUUUAACAAUUCAAAUUAAAACUCAAGAGACUCGGUUUGAAAAUCACGAGUUAGUUAUCUUGAACGGCCAACGACGAAAACAAGUACAGAAAGAGCUAAAAGCAGGGUGUUCUGUGUGGCGGAAAAAAUAUG